GUCCUGUCAGGAAAAGCUCCGAGCGUAACUUUGAAGUCAUCUCGUUCAUCAUGACACCUGCCCCAUAGCCCCAAGUGACACGCCUUUCUUUGGACUUAUUCCCCUGCUACUCCCGGAGAUUAAGCUAGAAUAUCCACCUCAGUAGAGGAUACUACCCCUACAUCAUCUUCCUCAUCAUCACGUCGGCCGUAACUAUAUACCUACUGUUAUAUCCCACAUCAACAUCCGUUCUUCGUCUCUAAUAGCCCCAUAUCUCAUAUUACUACGACAGAAGGUGUGAACACAGAUCUACCUAACCUCCCGUGAUGACCAAAUCCAAGUUCCCAGACUACAUCUCGGACCGCGUCUUGGACCUCUGUACUUCCUCAGAGACGGUCUCGUCUCUCCUGGCGAAAGACCCUGGUCUUUCCCCCAGCGACGCCUGGAAAAAACUUUACGGCCAGCAUGCUCUAAAGAAGAGGCCUCUAGGGGACGAGGAGGAGAAGGAGGGACAGAGUACAAGCAGUGAGGAUGACAUUGGACAGGGCUCGAGUUGCAAGUCACCACCCACGCCACCUCAUUCGCCUCGUUCAGCCCAGGAACACCUUGAUCGGGCAGCGAAGUGUGGGAAGUGGGGAGGGAAGAGACCGAGUGAUCUUUUUUUGCAGAUAUAUCACGAUGCGCUUUGCACACUUGACGAUGAUCCCCUCAAGGGUAUGGUCAGUCCGCCGCUUUUGGGAACAUGCGGUACUGUUCCGUUGACGAUAAUCUCCGUCAUCCCCGACAUAGCCCGCCACAUGGCCAACCUGAUCUACCGCGCAAAACACGAAAUCUUUUUAGCAACCAACUACUGGCAAUCAAGCGUUGCCUCAACCUACCUAACAAACGCCAUAAAGGACCUCAACCGACGUCUUGCCUCCGAAUUCGAAGCAUCCUUCUCCUCGAGCUCUCCACCACAAAGGAAGAAAAUAGUCCUCAAAAUCCUCUACGACCGCGGCACCCCCAAACAGCUCCUCUCACACCACCAGAUCGUUUCGCCAGAUACUUACACCAACGCCUCCACCAUCGGUCUUCCUGGCCCGGACGAGAUCCCGUUCAUCGACAUGCAAGUGAUGAACUUCCACACGCCCAUCGUGGGCACGUUCCACGCCAAGUACAUGGUGGUGGACCGGCGCGUGGCGGUGUUGCAGAGCAAUAAUAUCCAGGACAACGAUAACCUGGAGAUGGCGACGCACUUGGAGGGACCCGUGGUGGAUUCGCUUUGGGAUAUGGCGAUGAUUAGUUGGCAUAAACACUUGGGGCCUGUGAUGCCGUGUGUUAAUACACCGGCUAGGGAGGCGUGGGAGGGUGGGAUGGAAGUGGAAAAGACGGGGGUGGGCAAGGUUGAGAGGAAAGUGGAAGUUAAGAUGCUUGUUCUAACCGAGGAACCACCUAAAACUGGGACUACGACGCAACCGACACUCAUCCCCAACGUUCCACAGCAUAUAAUCGAGGAUCCUCACUACGACACUUCUAUUGCCACCGAAGUCCUCCGCAUCCAAGCCUCCCUGGCAGAUAAACUCGACCCAGACAGCAACGUCGUCGAGACACAUCUCCAAGCCGUCACCCGUCUCCUCAACCACACUCGAAACCCGAACUUCACCGCCGACCCGCUCGCUCCUGAUCCAGUCAACAGCCCAGACGACAAAAUGACACCUUACCUGUUCCUCCCUCACCACCAAACUCUCUCCCAAGAACAAGGCCAAACCCCCGAACCCGUCCCAAUGGCCCUAGUCAACCGCGCCCCCUACGGACCGCCGAACCACUCCUCCGUCUCCAAUCCGCAAAACGCCGCCUGGCUCUCUGCCCUCCGCAACGCCACCCACUCCGUCUUCAUCCAGACCCCGACGCUGAACGCUGCUCCCUUGCUCCCCGCUAUACUAGAUGCCUGCAACCGCGGCGUCCAAGUUACUUGCUACGUAUGCCUGGGGUACAACGACGCAGGCGAACUGCUCCCUCACCAGAAUGGUCACAACGAGAAGAUUGCGCACCAUCUGUACUCAUCCCUGUCUCCUGAAGCUAGGCAGAAUCUACAUUACUACUGGUACGUAGGCAAAGACCAGACAAAGCCGCUGGUGCAGUCCAAAGGGUUGAGGAGCUGUCAUAUCAAGUUGAUGGUUGUGGAUGGGCGCGUGGGGAUCAUGGGAAAUGGGAACCAGGACACGCAAAGCUGGUUUCAUAGCCAGGAGAUCAAUGUGAUGAUUGAUAGCGAGGAGGUUUGUGGGACGUGGAUGGAGGGAAUUAGGAGGAAUCAGAAUACGGCGAUCUAUGGGGCGUUGGAUAAGGAGAAAGGGAUGUGGCUGGAUGCGGAGGGGAAGGAGGCCGAUGGGGUCAUUGGUGUUGAUCCCGGUGGGAGGAUGAAGAGGUGGGCUAAGGGGGCGGUGGGCGCGGUGAAGAGGGUUCAGGGGACUGGAGGGUUUUAA